UCCUACCCACUAGGGUUUCUCCGGGCUCCAGAUGGUGCCCACUGUACUUACCCCUGGGUGCCGACUCCACCCCGCCCCCGCCAGUGCCCGCCCCCUUCCCCUACGCCCUCCCUUACGGUCAGGCCCAGUGGCUGCUCCCCACCCCUUCGGCCAGUCCAGGGAGUGGAAGGGGGCGGGCGCGCAGGGGGUGUGACAGCUCCCUGCCGGACCAGCGCCAGCGGCAGCCUCGCUUCAGUGCCCUGUGCCAGCUGGCUCUUUCGUCUGGGACGAAGGCGGAGGCUCGGGGCUCCUAGUCGCUGGGCCCGGGUGUGUGUGUGGGUUCUCCCCCCACACCCUCUACCCUCAACUCACCCAAGACAAGCCUCUGCACCCAGUCCUGCAUUUUGCUGUCCUCGGAGCCGGUUCCGGUCGGAACUAGCCCUGUUCACUGCCCCUGGGACUUACGCCGGCACCCGGCACCCGUCCAGGGUACCCCUGUGGAACUGACGGGGGGGGGGGGCUGGCUCGCGAUCCCCCAAUCUCGGCUAGAGGCUGCAAGGCUGUGUGAGCUUGAGAAGGAACAUGAAGGUGGGCUUGCCAGGUGAGAGCCGCUGGCAGGUGGGCCCAGCUGUGGAGGAUAACCUGGCUCUGGGAGCACCGCAAGUCGGGGGCCUCCCUGACUUGGUGCCAGAGGGGACACUGCUCAACAUGGUGCUGAAGAGGAUGCAUCGACCCAGAAGCUGCUCCUACCAGCUGCUGCUUGAGCACCGGCGCCCCAGCCGCAUCCAGGGGCUUCGAUGGACGCCGCUCACCAACAGCGAGGAGUCCCUGGAUUUCAGUGUGAGCCUGGAGCAGGCUUCCACGGAGCGGGUGCUCAGGGCUGGAAAGCACCUGCACCGACAUCUCCUGGCCACCUGCCCCACCCUCAUCCGUGACCGAAAGUAUCAUCUCAGGCUCUACCGGCAGUGCUGUUCUGGUCGGGAGCUGGUGGACUGGGUCUUGGCCCUGGGGCUUGGGGUCCACUCUCGGAGCCAGGCUGUGGGCAUCUGCCAGGUGCUGCUGGAUGAAGGUGCCCUCUGCCAUGUGAAACACGACUGGACCUUCCAGGACCGAGAUGCCCAGUUUUACCGGUUCCCUGGGCCAGAGCCGGAGCCUACAGGAGCUCAUGAGAUGGAGGAGGAGUUGGUGGAGGCCAUGGCGCUGCUCUCCCAGCGGGGGCCCGAUGCCCUGCUCACUGUAGCACUUCGAAAGCCCCCAGGUCAGCGCACAGACGAGGAGUUAGAACUUAUCUUCGAGGAGCUCCUGCACAUCAAGGCCGUGGCCCACCUCUCCAACUCGGUGAAGCGGGAAUUAGCAGCAGUUCUGCUCUUUGAACCACAUAGCAAGGCAGGCACCGUGUUGUUCAGCCAGGGGGACAAAGGCACCUCAUGGUACAUUAUCUGGAAGGGGUCUGUCAACGUGGUGACCCAUGGCAAGGGGCUGGUGACCACACUGCAUGAGGGAGAUGACUUUGGACAGUUGGCUCUGGUAAAUGAUGCACCCCGGGCGGCCACCAUCAUCCUGAGAGAAGAUAACUGUCACUUUCUACGUGUGGACAAGCAGGAUUUCAACCGCAUUGUCAAGGAUGUGGAAGCAAAGACCAUGAGGCUGGAAGAACACGGCAAAGUAGUGUUGGUGUUGGAGAGAACCUCUCAGGGCACUGGCCCUUCUCGCCCCCCGACCCCUGGCAGGAACCGGUACACAGUGAUGUCGGGCACCCCAGAGAAGAUCCUAGAACUUCUCUUAGAAGCCAUGCGGCCGGAUUCCAGUGCUCAUGACCCAACAGAGACAUUCCUCAGUGACUUCCUCCUGACCCACAGCGUCUUCAUGCCCAGCGCCCAGCUCUGCGCUGCCCUCCUGCACCACUUCCACGUGGAGCCCGCAGAGCCUGCGGGAGGCAGCGAGCAGGAGCGCAGCACUUACAUCUGCAAUAAGAGGCAGCAGAUUCUGCGUCUAGUCAGCCAGUGGGUGGCCCUCUAYGGCCCCAUGCUCCACACAGACCCUGUGGCCACCAGCUUCUUCCAGAAACUCUCAGACCUGGUGAGCAGGGACGCCCGACUUAGCAACCUGCUGAGGGAGCAGUGGCCAGAGAGGCGGCGACACCACAGGUUGGAAAAUGGUUGUGGGAACGCUUCUCCUAUGAUGAAGGCUCGGAAUAUGCCUGCUUGGCUCCCCAGCCAGGAAGAGCCGCUCCCCAGUAGCAACUGUGCCAUUCGAGCUGGGGACAAAGUCCCCUAUGACAUUUGCCGCCCGGACCAUUCCGUGCUGACCCUGCAGCUACCUGUGACAGCCUCUGUGAGAGAGGUGAUGGCAGCAUUGGCCCAGAAGGACGGCUGGACCAAGGGGCAGGUGCUGGUGAAGGUCAAUUCUGCAGGUGAUGCCGUUGGCCUGCAGCCAGAUGCCCGCGGUGUGGCCACAUCCCUGGGGCUCAACGAGCGGCUCUUUGUUGUCGACCCACAGGAAGUGCAUGAGCUGACCCCACACCCAGAGCAGCUGGGACCCACUGUGGGCUCUGCUGAGGGGCUGGAGUCAGUGAGCGCCAAGGACCUGGCAGGCCAGCUGACAGACCACGAUUGGAACCUCUUCAACAGUAUCCACCAGGUAGAGCUGAUCCACUAUGUACUGGGCCCCCAGCACCUGCGGGAUGUCACCACUGCCAACCUGGAGCGCUUCAUGCGCCGCUUCAAUGAGCUGCAGUACUGGGUGGCUACGGAGCUCUGUCUCUGCCCUGUGCCCGGCCUGAGGGCCCAGCUGCUCAGGAAGUUUAUCAAGCUGGCGGCUCACCUCAAGGAGCAAAAGAAUCUCAAUUCCUUCUUUGCCAUCAUGUUUGGCCUUAGCAACUCAGCCAUCAGUCGCCUGGCCCACACCUGGGAGCGACUGCCCCACAAAGUCCGGAAGUUAUACUCAGCCCUGGAGAGGCUGCUGGACCCCUCUUGGAACCACCGAGUGUAUCGACUGGCCCUCACCAAGCUCUCCCCUCCCGUCAUCCCCUUCAUGCCUCUUCUCCUCAAAGACAUGACCUUCAUCCACGAGGGAAACCAUACACUAGUGGAGAAUCUCAUCAACUUUGAGAAGAUGCGAAUGAUGGCCAGAGCCGUGAGGAUGCUGCACCACUGCCGAAGCCACAGCACUGUGCCUCUCUCACCACUCAGAAGCCGAGUGUCCCACUUUCACGAGGACAGCCAGGCAUCGAGGAUUUCCACAUGCUCGGAGCAGUCCCUGAGUACCCGGAGUCCAGCCAGCACCUGGGCUUAUGUCCAGCAGCUGAAGGUCAUCGACAACCAGCGGGAACUCUCCCGCCUCUCCCGGGAGCUGGAGCCGUGAGGAGGGGCUGAGGCUGGAGCAGGCACUUCCUGCGGGGAAAGCCAGAGCAAGCCUGGGCCAAGAGGCCUGCAGGCCAGCCACAGCUGGGCAGGGCUCUCCGUGGAGUAACUCGAGGCCCUGGAGCGGGCAGCAUGGAGGCACCUGUCCCCUGUGAUGACCGGUGGCUAAGGAGGACCUCGGAGCGGAUCUGCGCUGGGGCCCAAGGCUGAGGAAUGGGGGACAGUGAGGCCCUGGGAGUGGGUGGGAGAGCCGGGCAGAGGCAGGACUCUGUGUUCAAUAGAGAGCUCUCCACACCAGGCCUCUUCCAGCUUCUGUCCUCACGGCUCUGUUGUCCAGCCAUCUCCAGGCCCUGGCAUUUGUUUGCACCGUGAACCGAGAGAGACUGUAUAUGUAUGGCAUGUGUGUGGCAGCGUUGGGGCCUUGCCCUGGUGGCAUGGGGGCGGGGAGCCCUGCUUUUCUUUCCACAGCAGCUGAGAUAAACAGCUGGGUGUGGGCAGGACUGUUUGGC